AGCUCGUCGACGCUGUCUUGGGGGUGUGUGCCUGCCGGGUGGGGUGCCCCUACUCCUUUUAAAUCCACCGGAUCUCUUUGCCCUCGUGCAUCUCUCGCCCCUCUCUCUCUCCCUCUGUGACUCUCUCUCUUUGCUUUGACUGCCUGGCCUCGCUGGCCCGAGCAAGCGCUUUCUUGUCGACAGACCUGGCCGACCACCCCGCACCUCAGCUCGUGUGGCGGAUGCAUGCGGAUCUCCCUGGUGGUCAGCGGCCCGUCGACUCGCUAUCGCACAUCGCACUGUUGAGGGUGAGGGUGGUUGGCUGACCGACUGGUUGAGGUGAAGACACGCAGCCCUCGUUGAUGGACGUAGGCGACACACUCACACAAGCAGCGGAAAGCCACACCGGGACAUAGGGGAUGGCGCAUGCACCAUACCGCUUGUUUGUGUGGUUGUUGUGUGUGUCUUGUGUGUCGUUCGUCAGGACUCGCUGUUGCCCUACUCGGACCAGUACAGUCUCUCCCCCCCUCCCCCCUCCCACUACCCCUACGCCCCCGCCCCAAUCCCUGUGUCCUUCACGCCGGCCCCCGACGACCACACCUCCCUCUCCCUCGCCAGCUCGGCUCUAUGUCACCUCCUGCAGUACGACACCUCGCCCCGCUGUGAUGCUGGCCGGUGCGGUCCCAGUGGCCAUGGCCAUGAUGCGUCAUCCCUCCCCCUCCCAAACCUCGCCGCCCCACCACCCGUCAUCGACGGCUACAUGGGCUGCAGCUAUGACGGUGUGCCGUCAGACUCGCCCCCGUUCGUGUCAUUCGACCACCGCCAUGAGCACCCCCACCACCCGAGUGCGGCGUCUUACACCGACUCGACGAGCAGCAUGAGCGACAGCCCUUCCCCCCAACCACCCACACCAAUGCCCCCGCCCUUCCCCUCGCUACCGCUUUCACCAGAAGAGACCCAUUGGGGAGGCGGCUAUGCGCCCGGUCCAGCGGGCAGGCCCUGCCCGUCGCCGUCGUCGGCGAGCUCGUGCUCGGGGUGUGGCGGGGAGGGGGACGGUGAGGCGGGAGGUUUUGGGGCAGAGGGAGAGGGUGAGGGGCACCUGGACGGGCGGAGGCGGAAAAAACACAAGAGGGACGUCACUGAGGAGCACAACACGGUGAGUUAGUCGAGCAAGCAGGGAGCCAUGAGGGAGGGAGGGAGGGAGGGAGACAGAUCUAUGAGUGGAGGGCUGCAUGGUUUUUGUUUCAUUUGUCUGUCUUGUGUGUGUUGGGUGUCAGGGCCGGUGGAGCGCCGAGGAGCAUCGGCGGUUUGUGCAGGGGCUGCACCUCUACGGCAAGGUAAGGUACCCAGAUACCUACCCUACCUUUCUAUGUGACUACACCCAUCCCUACUCCGUUAUGUCUAUCUGUGUUGUUGUGUCAACGUACCUCAGAAUUGGAAGUUAGUGGAGCAGCACGUCGGCACGCGGGCCAACAGCCAGGUGCGGAGCCACGCACAAAAGUACUUCAAGACGCCCGAAGGGUGAGCAACGGAUACCGAUCAGUCAGACACAAAACACCGCACAAAAGAAACACCACCCACCCUCUCUCUGUGUCUGUCUGUCAGCCGCGAGAUGAACCGCAAACUCCGAUCCAGCCGUCGCUCCCUCGCCCUGCCUCCACACACACGGCGGAGUCCUUCCCCUCACCACGACCAGCACCCCGCCAGCAACAACCACACACACCCCAUGACGCCCACACGGCAGAGCAGCUCCAGCUGGCGGGACGGCGAGGCGUGGGGCGCCCCACACACGCACCCGGCGCACCCGGCGCACAUGGGUGUGGAUGACGCCACUGCCAUUGCCGAUGCGCACGCUGCCGAGGAGAGGACGCGACUCUUCAAGGCCUAUGUGCGGCUGCUCGAGGAGAGGGAGAGGGAGAGGGAGAGGGAGCGGGAGCGGGAGGUCGCCCACCAGAUGGCACGUGUUGUGUAGGGAGGAAAAGAGGGGAGGGGUCCGUGUUUUGCGUCAAGAAACGGGUGCAUUCCACGUGGGUCUGUCUGUGUGUGUAUGGCUGCCUUGACUGAUCUGUGUUGCCGUUGUUUUUGGUUCGAUCCAUACGUGUGGUGUGUAUCCCGGGUGGCUUGGGUUGGUGUGGUUGGUUGUACCGCUGUACUGGGGCCGAUUGGCUGUGUGACGGGGUCAGUGAGUGAAGGCAUCGGACGAGGCGCUGUGUGGAGGCACUGAGCGACCAAGCCGUGUUUUGCCGCAUCCAGCCACCACUGGCUCGCCG